GAGCAAAAUGUCGGCUCACAAAACAUUUAUUAUCAAGCGAAAGCUUGCGAAAAAAUUGAAGCAAAAUAGACCAAUUCCACAAUGGGUGAGAAUGCGUACUGGCAAUACCAUCAGGUACAAUGCAAAACGGCGUCAUUGGAGAAGAACCAAGUUGAAGCUGUAAAUUAAUAUGUACCUGCU